AUGGCUGAAAAAGCUGAUCCAAAAGAAGAGCCGAACGAUAUGGAUGGCAGAAACAAGCCGAGUAGCAAUGAUGAAGCUGACGAAGAGUUUAUCAACUGCGUUAACUCCAUCUUUGAUGAUAUCACUUUAAGAUUGAAUGAAUAUCAAGAUGAAUUGACUCGUAAGAGAAAAGCUGAAUUAGAGUCGGAUGAAGCUAAAAAAACAAAAGCUGAAGGAGAAACUGUUUCCGAGUUACAAAAAAAGUUUGAAGAGUUUGUUAAUGGAGGCGAUGAGCCGGUUAACUACAGCGCUGUUCAGAGAGAAAAAAAAGCCGCCAACCAUCUUUCGCCCGUACAGCCUGCAAUUCUACCCGUCAAACGUUCUCAUGGCAAUCACAAAAAACGUUCAAACGGCCAUUCAAAGGCGUUUGCAAGAGCUCACGUAGAUUAUCGAUAUCCAUUGGGACCUGCCUUUGCUAGUUUUGGUAGAAUGUUUCCUAGUAUCAAUGGAACAGUUCCUGCUCGCUAUGUUGGACCGAUACCAAACAUUGAGAUCACCGUAGAUCCAUCUCCGCCACCAGCAUGCAGCUACAACAACCAUAGUACUUGCACCUGCGUCACACCAGACUGCUUUGGUGGUGUUCCUCGUGGCAAUGCUGUAAAUCGCAGCCUUCUUCCACCACAUCAGCUUUUUGCGCCUCUAAUGAUUGACAUUCCAAACGGAAAUGAUGCUCAAGAGGAUCCUUCAGCUAAAAGAUAA